CCUGCUGGCCGUGCGUGUGGGUGCAGUGUGCUCUCCGCAGCACCGUUUUGGGUUCUCCCGCUUCCGUUCGGCACCUCCAACGCUCAGUACGGCACCAGACUUGGACGGAAGUGGAACAAACGAAGCGGAAACAGAGUCACGCGACAACAAAACCGAACUCGAAUAUGGAAAAGUUUUCCCUUAACAAAUGUAGCACUGAUAAACGCAGUUCGGAGUGAACUUCAUGAAUGGCCAUGACUAAUUGCAGCCAUCCAACAGCACCAGCAGCAUUCGUUGUGUGAACUCCAAUGGUGGAGGAGGUUACCUCUUUUUUUUCAAACGAAAGAUUUCACUACUUCGGUAUCUCUGUAUCUGUCGGUGUCUCAUUUGAGCGGCUCGAAUGAUCCGCCUGUAAUUAUGAUUGCGUGAAGAAAUCAAUACGAGGAGGAUGGCCAGCAAGCCCAUGAGCACCAGCUGCCAGAGCAUUGCGACGGCGGCCAGCAGUGCGGCCACCACGGCGGCGGCGGUGUCCAUCUCGGCCUCCAAUGCCACCUCCGUGGGCUCCCUCAUCGCCGCCGCCUGCCUCCAGCAGCAGCAGCAACAUCCCCACCAGGACCAGCAGCAACAAUAUCCCCAGUCCCAGCAGCAACACCUCUAUCAGACCCAUCAGCAAUCAUCGCACUAUGUCAACGGCACCGGCAGUCUGGGCAGGCUCAAGUUCCACAAGAGUCUCGAUGCCAGCGACGAGGAAAUCGAGUAUGCGCAGCUAUCUCGUUCCACACAUAUCCUGGGACGCCAUAAAUCGGAGCGUUUUCUGGCUUCCAAUCCCGACGAGGAUCGACGACGCCGCACCAUAAUUGUGGAGAAGAAGAACAACUCAUAUGGAUUUACGCUGCAGAGCUAUGGGAUCCACUACAAACGCGAUGAGGAGCUGGAGAUGAUUACUUAUGUGGACUACGUGGAGUACGGUGGUCCGGCCUAUCGUGCUGGAAUGCGUGAGGGCGACGUAAUCCUAUCCAUCAACGGCAAGGAUAUGGAGAAGGCGGACCACAAGACCAUCGUCGAGUUCAUCAAGCAGUGUGACACCAGGAUGCGGAUGGUCGUUCUCUUCGAGGAUUGUGUGAGGAAGGUCGAUCUUCACAUGCGCUAUAUCCAACUGCAGAGCCUGUUGCAGCAAAAGAUGAACGAGCUGGAGAGGGUUCAUCUGAGGGAGCGGGAGCUGCUGGAGGGCAAAUGGAAGACGCACAGCUUGCCAGCCCGGAAGAAGGCUAAUGCGAACACUUCACCCAGCGACGGGGAGGGUGUCUCACCCACUGAAGUGGGUGGUGAAACGGGCUUCUAUCGACCCGCCCUCUCCACCGAGGAUGUGCCAAACAUGGCGGCCCGCCAGCAGGCUGUGGGUGGACCAGGAAUCAUACCACCUCCCGCUCAAUUUAUGCUCACCUACCACUACCUGGAUCCCACUUAUCGGUACGUGCUGCGACCCACCCACGGCAGCUCAGAGGACUACAUAGAUGGCCUGGGUCUCCAGAGGAGCAGUAGUGAUCACCAGCAAACCGCACAGCGUUAUAUCCUACAGCGAACCGAGUCCGUGGAUGCGAAUUCGAUGACUCAACCCACAACCACGCCGCCUACUCAAUAUCACAGCACCACUGGCGGAUCGGUAAAGCCACCGGCACCACCUCCUCGCACUUGUGAGAAGCACAAGCCACCAGCAAAGCCCCCAAAAACGGAGAAGGAGAAGACCUCCGGGAAGCAUAUUCAUGUGGGCCAUUCGUGCAAUCCCUGCUUGGGUCACUUCCGAUGGAAGUCGGCCGAGAAGUCGGCGGUUCCAGCGCCAGAUAAUGUUAGCCUGGAUGCCUAUGAUCUGGCCAGUCCCUGCUGCGAUACGCAUUGUGUGCCAUCAAGGAGACGCCAUCGCCAGCACAAGGAGCACACGCAUAAGCACAAACAUCGGGAGAGGGAACGGGUGGAGGGCAAGGAGCAGAGGGUCCGACCCAAGUCCACAUCCCACGCCUCACCCAACGCCAAUGGAGGAGGAGGAGGAAAUGCAGGAUCUGGCCAUCAUCACCACCAUCAUCAUCACCACCACAGCCACGAGCAGCAGCAACAACAACAACAGCAACAGCAGCAACAACAACAGCAAUUGCAGACAGUUCCCCACCAUCAUCACUAUCCCCACCAGGUGCAGAAUCCCUGUCAGGUGCAAUCCCAAUCUGGUAGCACCCGAUCACGCUACUUCGACUUGGCCUCCGGAUUGGCCAGCCAUUGCAGCUUGCAUUCCUGCACCUCAAGUGAGUUUGCCCCAGGGGACACCGCUUCGUAUACCACUUCCAUCAGUACGGAUACAUUGUUCUGGGAUCCCAAAAGCGAGACGGGUCAAUCCCGACAACACUCCACAAAAUCCAGGCAGUCCUACGAACAGCAACCACAACAGCAGCAGCAGCAGCAACAACAACCACACCAUCAACAACCGCACCACCAUCAUCAUCAUCACCAGGGGGAGUACCACCAACGCUAUCAUGUGACCGCCAAUCAAAUGCAGCCCCCGCAGAUCUAUCCCAAUGCCAUAGCUUAUGUUCAGAAACCCAAAUCCUGGGACAAUCUCGCCAACAAGGCGGGCUAUAAUGUCGGUUACGGCUACCUUGACACGGUGGCCGUGAGGCCAGCCAUUAAAAUGCAAAUUGCCCAGCAGCGCCACUCGAUGCCGCGAAGGAAUCCGUACGGCAGAUACUCCACCUACGGAGAUGUGGAGAACUAUGCCCCACCGCCCACCGAGUUUGUGGGCGAGCUGACCACCACCACAACCACCACGAUUACGGCCAAGUCCACGGAGGAGCUGCUGGCCGCCUGCGAUUGCUUGAGCCCCCAGCAGCAGGCUGCUAUCAAGGCUGCCCAGUACCAGCUCAGCCAAAACCAGAAGCUGACCCACCAGAACUCCUGCCAGAUGGGUUACUACUCGCAUCUGCCGCGGCCCACCACAGAUGUGGGCACCUCCACCACCAGUCAGCAGGUGCACGGGGCAGGAGAUGUCCAAACCACGUCGGAGGCCACCAGGUUGUAAAGUGGCAGUAAAAAGAUACAACUAGGAACCGUCUCAAGAAGAAUAAGAGUGCACUAAGAGUUGUAGUUUAAUCGAAUAGCCCUCGGCUUUAACAAGUAUUCAUUAUAUGAGUUAAAAAUUCAAGCAAGGUUUUUAAUAAGUACUGAAUUAAAUGAGUAUGGAUGAGAUAAAGAAUAGGGGAAUUGUUGAUAUAAGAAUUGGGUUGGAAAAUUUAAAAUUCACGGAAAGAAUAUAAAAAUUCGAACACAACUAAAUAUUUUAUCUAUUUCAUUGAACAGACUAUCAAAUUAUACUUAAAAUUUUAUAAAUUAUUUUCACAUAAAACCUUAAAUGAUAAAUUGUAGCAACUAUUAAGCCAAAGAGUGAAAUAUUUCUUAAUUAAUUAGUUUAGAUUUUGGCUCUGGGAGUAAUAAAAUAUUUAGGUAAUCCAUAUUUAGUCAAUGGAACAGAUACAACUUAUGUCUUUAACUCGAAUUUAAAUCUGUACUCAUUUAAUUCAAUGUUAAGUCAAACGCUAUCCCAAUGACUAACUUAUCCACUCAUGAGUGCACUCACAUUCAGCUCCAUUCGCGUCUUAAUAACCGAACAUCGAAAUCAUUUGAAAUGGUAACUAAAGCCAAAUUUUAAACAUAUAACUCAAACAGACAAAAAUCAGCAAAUAGCUUAACUACUCACAUAUAUAUAUUGUGAGUUUCAUAGACGUAAGAAAAAAAUGUAGCAUCCAAAAAUCACAAGACAAUACACAGAGAUAAGCCCAAAAGAAGAUACUUCUAAGAGUAGAUGAUUCAAAAUUAUUAAACCUUAAGAUCCAUACAAAUUAAACUUGUAGCCAUCUUAUGUGUAUGAAACUCACUUUAUAUAUACGCGAUAUAACUAGGACGCAUUGACGUUUAGAUUUUUGGAUUUAUUGAAAGACUGAAAAGCCAUGCGCAUAUUCCAAAUGAGAGAAAAAUCUGGCGUCUUGUAAUGAUAGUUAGAGGAUUAUAAAUAUCUGUAUAAGCCGCAUAAUAAUAUGGUUACCUAUCAUGCAACUAGAUACUGUUUUACAUGUAGCAUAUACACACACUUAAGCAUAUAUAUUUAAUGUAUACUGUAUCCGAACAAUGUAAUUUAUUUCAUUGUGAUAGUGAAAGAGCAGGCACUAAAAACCGCAACAAUUUUAGUCGCAUUUUUAUCAAGCAACCAACCAAAUAUGAUUUAAAACGCUUUUAUGUAAUGCGAAAUGUAAAUGUUAUUGUACUUCAUGUAAUGCAAUAAAACUCAAGAAAUGUGUUCAUGUAGUGUGACCCUUAGAAAAAUUAGAAA